UUCAGAGUCUCUUUCCAAAACUCACUCGUCUGCUAUCCAUUCGCUAUAUACAAAACAAACCAACCAAUGGCCAGAGCAUCCUUGGGCUAUUCUCCUCCACCUCUCUCCUACUUCCGCCACGUGUCUAAUCUCCACAACUACACUCGCCUCGCCGCCUCAUCCGCAUUCCACGUCAGCUCAGCCGCCGACCCGAUGGCCCACCCGUCCCUCGAAACUCUCGGCGGGGCGCUCCACCCCCUCCUUCCCCCCCUCCGCCUCCCUACCCCACCCACCAUAUUCGCCUCGUUCUAUAGAUCGACUCCCGACGUCAGGCUUCGCCGCGAGUGCCUCCGAACGACAGACAACGGCGCCGUUUCGCUCGACUGGGUCUCCAGGGACGACCGCCUCUUGCCUCCCGACUCCCCCCUCCUCAUUCUCCUGCCAGGUUUAACUGGAGGGAGUGAUGACUCGUAUGUGAGGCACAUGUUGGUUCGAGCCAGAAGUAAAGGGUGGCGGGUUGUGGUGUUCAAUAGCCGUGGUUGUGGUGGUAGCCCUGUAACAACUCCUCAGUUCUAUUCGGCUUCAUUUUUAGGAGACAUGCGUGAAGUAGUGGCCCAUGUUGGUAAUCGGUAUCCAAAAGCUAAUCUGUAUGCUGUUGGUUGGUCUCUUGGUGCUAACAUUCUCGUUCGGUAUUUGGGUCAGGAAUCUCAUGCAUGUCGUCUUUCUGGUGCUGUGUCGUUGUGUAAUCCUUUCAAUUUGGUCAUUGCAGACGAGGACUUCCGUAAGGGCUUUAACAUCGUUUAUGACAAAGCUCUUGCAAGUGCUCUCUCCAAAAUUUUCAAGAAGCAUGCUCUACUCUUUGAAGACAUGGGUGGUGAUUUUAACAUUCCAUUGGCUGCCAAUGCUAAGUCUGUCAGGGAGUUUGAUGAUGGACUAACUCGUGUUUCAUUUGGUUUCAAGUCCGUAGAUGACUACUACUCUAAUUCCAGUAGUUCCAAUUCCAUAAAGGAUGUCUGCAUACCAUUGCUUUGCAUUCAGGCGGGAAAUGAUCCAAUUGCUCCGAACAGGGGAAUUCCUCGUGAAGAUAUCAAGGACAAUCCAAACUGUAUGUUGAUAGUGACACCCAAAGGUGGCCAUCUAGGGUGGGUUGCAGGUCCUGAAGCUCCAUUUGGAGCUCCCUGGACUGAUCCAGUUGUCAUGGAUUUCCUUCAGCAUCUGGAGAGAGGAAAAUCUGGAGCCCUUUCCUCUAGUGACUCGGAAAGUGAGCAACGACGUUUGGAGGGUUUGCACCAAUUGGAAGUAUAGUUGGAGAUAGAUUCAUUCUUGCAUCUUUUAUCUCAUUGUAGUCUUAAGAAUGCGAUGGUACUUGGCAGGCAAUUAUGCCUUGGAUGGUUUUAUUGUUUUGACAGAAACUUUCAUGAGCAUAAAGAUCUUGCAUUCUUUCCUUCUUAAUGCAGUGCUUAUGCAUGAUUCUUUCAUCAGCAGAAAGAGAAUUGCAUUUUGUGUUUUCUUUAUUUACAAUUAUGGAUAUGAGGAAGAAAGGCGUUUUGCCUUCUGUAACACAAUGGUUUUUAACAGAGACGAAAAUGAUGUUAUCCAAAUCCAUGCCUUUGAUUACCAUUUAGCUCCAUUUUAACUUUUUUUUUAAUGUCAAACAGGCUGGGAAUCUCUGUCUUG